AUGGCCUCUGUUUUCCUCUGUUUCAUGUUCUUCACCUUAUUUCUACAUUCAAGUUAUUCAAUCUCUUCAAAAAAUUUAUUCCUGCCAUUAAAGCUUCAACAUUUACCAUCUGGGUCAGUUCAAAAACCACCAAACAAGCUUUCUUUUCAUCAUAAUGUUACACUAACUGUCUCGCUCUCAGUCGGGUCGCCGCCGCAGCAAGUCACCGUGGUUCUUGAUACCGGCAGCGAGCUUUCAUGGCUCCGGUGCAAAAAAACACCCACUGCACCGUUAUGGUUUGACCCAUUACGUUCAAAGUCAUAUUCCCCUGUUCCUUGUAGUUCCCCAACUUGUCGGGCCCGAACCCGAGAUUUCAUCAUACCCGUUUCUUGUGACCCGAAAAAACUAUGUCAUGCCAUUCUUUCGUAUGCUGAUUUCACUUCUGUUGAGGGUAAUCUUGCUUAUGAUACUUUUAGAUUUACGAAUUCGGACUUGCCCGGAAUCGUAUUUGGGUGUAUGGAUACCGGGUCGAGUUCGGUCGAAGAGGAAGAUUCGAAAGUGACCGGUUUAUUGGGUAUGAACCGUGGGUCCUUAUCUUUUGUUUCUCAAAUGGGUUAUAAGAAAUUUUCUUAUUGUAUAUCGGGCCGGGACUCGACCGGGGUUUUAUUGUUUGGGGAUACCGAAGUUUCUUGGGUCGGGCCGUUAAGUUACACGGCUUUGGUUAAAAUGACAACGCCUUUGCCUUCUUAUGACCGGGUUGCUUAUACGGUUCAGCUUGAAGGUAUUAAAGUUGGUGGGACGGUUUUACCCUUGCCUAAAUCAGUAUAUGUGCCUGAUCACACCGGUGCGGGUCAAACCAUGGUGGAUUCGGGUACGCAGUACACUUUUCUACUUGGGCCCGUUUACAAUGCUUUAAAAAAUGAGUAUUUGAAACAAACAAAAUCGAUGUUACGGGUUUACGAGGAUACUAAAUUUGCUUUUCAAGGUGUAUUGGAUCUUUGUUUCCUUAUUGAUCGAAAACGGGUUGGGCUACCUUUAUUACCUAGUGUUACUAUAAUGUUUCGGGGCGCCCAAAUGAGUGUUUCGGGUGAGAGGUUAUUGGUUCAAGUUCCCGGGUUGAUUAAAGGAAAUGAUCAAAUACAUUGCUUCACAUUUGGGAAUUCGGAACUUUUAGGGGUUGAAUCUUAUAUAAUCGGACAUCAUCAUCAGCAAAAUAUGUGGAUGGAAUUUGAUCUUGCAAAUUCUAGGGUCGGGUUGGCUGAAUUUAGGUGUGAUUUAGCAAGUCAAAAGCUAGGAAUGGGCCUUUAAGUGGGUCACUUGGAUUAAUCAUUUGUCUCUCAAAUCCAAUCGUGUUAUGGUUUAAAUGACGGACCGGGUUGGAUUUACAACUCGACCUUUUCGUAUUUGGGUUUGGGUCAAGACACGUUUGUGUAGGAUAGAUGUAAAGUUACAUUCAUAGUACUUCGAUUCAUUUAAGUGCUUUAUUUUGUUUACAUCAUAAAUUGUAACAAAAAUGGACAUAAUAACCGAGUUUUAUGAUGUACUCAAAAUGUAGCGAACUUGAAAUUUAUUUGUGGGGUUUGAGAAACGUGGUGUUAGAUUUGUUUUACAAUAUAAAGGAACAUAUCAUAUCUGUAAAGAUGAGU